GGAACAAAGAGUGCUCGCUCACCCAGGGUUUUUUAGUUUGGCGCGCCACGAUUCGCCUCUGCAAUUGGUCAAUCUUCCAAAACGUCACCAUAAACAAUCAGCUGACUGGCUGCCUCUUUCGAGUGAGUAUACGUUGUGUACGUAUGAGUUGGCCGCCUGUAAGGACUUGUACCGUACCGCGGGAAAUCGUUGGAUUUGGCGCUGCUUUACAAACGUAGUUGGCUCAGCAGUGGAAGCUUGCUUGUGGUGGUGUCAUCCUCAAUCUCUUGUCUUUUUUUUUGCUAUUUGGUUGUUAAAUCCUAUUUGCUUUACCAAGAUGCCUUUGCAGCGAACAUACGUGCAGAAAAGAGAUGGGAGGAAGGAGAAUGUCAUGUUCGACAAGAUCACAUCUCGUAUUCAGAGAUUAUGUUACAACCUGAAUCCAGACUUCAUUGACCCAGCUGUUAUUACAAUGAAGGUGAUCAAUGGGGUCUACCCUGGUGUGACCACAGUCGAGCUAGAUACCCUAGCAGCAGAAACAGCUGCUACCAUGACAACCAAGCAUCCUGACUACGCUGUCCUGGCAGCACGUAUUGCCGUCUCUAACCUCCAUAAAGAAACAAAGAAACUCUUCAGUGCUGUAAUGACGGAUCUUUAUGAGUAUGUAAACCCAAGAAACGGUCUUCAUUCACCUCUUAUCAGCAAAGAAACUAUGGAUAUCAUCAAUGAGAAUGCUGAUAGGUUGAAUUCUGCAGUACUGUAUGACAGGGACUUUGAAUACAACUUCUUUGGGUUCAAGACACUAGAAAGAUCUUACCUCCUAAAGAUCAACGGCAAAGUUGCUGAAAGACCCCAACACAUGUUGAUGAGAGUUGCUGUGGGUAUCCAUGGAAGAGAGAUUGAUGCUGUAAUAGAGACAUACAAUCUCUUGUCUGAUAGAUGGUUUACUCACGCUUCACCGACGCUCUUCAAUGCUGGUACCAAUAGACCACAGCUAUCAAGCUGUUUCCUGCUAACCAUGCAAGAUGACAGCAUCGAUGGUAUCUAUGAGACGCUAAAGAAUUGUGCCCUCAUCUCCAAGACGGCUGGUGGUAUCGGUCUAAAUGUUCAUAACAUCCGGGCAUCUGGUAGCUACAUUGCAGGGACAAAUGGCAACUCCAAUGGUUUAUUACCCAUGCUUCGUGUGUACAACAAUACAGCUAGAUAUGUAGAUCAGGGAGGUAAUAAGCGUCCUGGUGCCUUUGCCAUCUACCUAGAGCCAUGGCAUGCUGAUAUCCAUGAUUUCUUAGACUGUAAGAAGAACCACGGCAAGGAGGAGCAGAGAGCUAGAGACCUAUUCUAUGGCCUCUGGAUCCCUGAUCUAUUCAUGAAGAGGGUAGAAGCUGAUGGUGAAUGGACCCUCAUGUGCCCUCAUGAAUGCCCUGGCUUGGAAAACGUUUGGGGAGAUGAAUUCGAAGAGCUCUACGAGAAGUAUGAGAAAGAAGGAAAGGGUAGGAAGACGAUGAAGGCUCAGGCUCUGUGGUAUGCCAUCAUUGAAUCUCAAACAGAGACUGGUACCCCAUAUAUGCUCUACAAGGACCAUUGUAACAAGAAGAGUAACCAACAAAACUUGGGAACCAUCAAAUGCAGUAACCUGUGUACAGAGAUCGUAGAGUAUUCAAGUCCUGAUGAGGUGGCUGUAUGUAAUCUUGCCUCCAUUGCUCUGCCACGAUUUGUGAAACAAGACCGAACAUUUGACUUCAAGAAGCUUGAAGAGGUUACCAUUGUGAUCACUCGCAAUCUCAAUAAGAUCAUCGAAAUCAACUACUACCCAAUUCCAGAGGCUAGGCGAAGCAACUUCCGUCAUCGUCCCAUCGGAAUCGGUGUUCAGGGUCUAGCUGAUGCCUUCAUCCUCAUGAGGUUCCCCUUCGAGAGUGCAGAGGCCAAGAAACUCAACAUCCAGAUCUUUGAAACCAUCUACUAUGCUGCUCUGAAGGCUAGCUGUGAGAUUGCUGCUAAGCUUGGCCCUUAUGAGACGUAUGAGGGCUCACCGGUCAGCAAAGGAAUUCUUCAGCAUGACAUGUGGGGCGUGACCCCAACUGACCUCCACGACUGGGCUGCCCUCAAGGCUGACAUCGCCAAGCACGGCGUCCGUAACAGUCUUCUCCUUGCUCCCAUGCCAACCGCAUCCACCGCUCAGAUCCUUGGUAACAACGAAUCCAUCGAGCCGUACACCAGUAAUAUAUAUACACGUCGUGUGCUUUCAGGAGAGUUCCAGGUCGUCAACCAUCAUCUUCUUAGGGACCUUACUGAUAUGGGUCUUUGGUCCGAUGAGAUGAAGAACAUGCUCAUUGCUCACACUGGAUCUAUUCAGAACAUUCCAUCAAUCCCAGAUGACAUCAAGGCUUUGUAUAAGACUGUUUGGGAGAUCUCACAGAAGACUGUUAUUCAGAUGGCUGUUGACCGUGGUGCAUACAUUGAUCAGAGUCAAUCACUUAACAUUCACAUUGCUGAACCAAACUAUGGCAAGCUAACCAGUAUGCACUUCUUUGCAUGGAGAUCGGGUCUGAAGACUGGUAUGUAUUACCUUCGCACACGCCCAGCUGCUAACCCUAUCCAGUUCACUCUCAAUAAACUAAGCUUGAAGGAGAAAUCAGGAACCAAGCUAACGGAUGCUGAAGAACAAGAGAAGGAGAAGGCCAAGAAUGAAGCAGCUAUGGUCUGCUCUCUAGAAAAUAAGGAUGCCUGUCUGUCAUGCGGAUCUUAGAUCGGCUCUGACCUCAUCGCAAUACUUGAAAUAUAAGGAUUAUAAUGAAUGAAAUUCUUUGAAGGCUAUCACCUUUUGAACUCAAACACUCAAUGUCCUCUCAGAUGUAUCAUCAUCCCCAAAGUUCAUUUUCAUUGACCUCAAACAUGAAGGGGUUGACCUAUUAUGUGACACUUUUCCUAAAUAUAAUACCCUACCAAAUUUACCCAUUGCAUUUUGGAGGAAUGAUCUCAUGCAAUGUGGGAAUGCUUGUUUCAACACAACAUAUUGAUAUGUUUUGGAGUUACAUGUACGAGCAUUCUUGCACAGACACAAAAGACAUUUACUUGUUGCAGUUUUUGGUAACUGACCUUCAAUAUGAAACAAGCUGAUUUUAUGAAAAGGUCAUCUAUUAUGUUUAAUCUUUUAACAUGAAAAGGAUAGUUUUCCUAUAUGUAAGAUCUUAGAGCCUUUUGAUAUGGACCACAGUAUUGCAUGGAAGACAAGACACCGCUGCUUUUGAGGCUUGAUAUACCUUAACCAGUUGACUGCUGAAUACUUCUUUUCCUAUUUUUUUUUGUACAUUGACCAACAGGUUCCAGUAGUCAACGGGCUAAGUGCCUAGGCAUAUGCAAUUGAUGUUCAGCAGUUCAGAACUUUUGAUGCAAUUUUGUGGUCCUUUUGUAAAGAGAUGAAAAUAUAGUAUGAAGGUCUUGGAUCUUACAUAAGAGGAGAGUCUAUGAAAUGUUCUGAGAAAAAAAGAACUAUUUGGAAACAACAUUCUUAGGUUAUUUCCUGUUGAUGUGAAUAAUGAUUUAAUGUGGCUUUAUUUAUUACUAUGUGUUCAUUAAGCCCAUAAGUCAAUUUCUCUAAGUCACCGGUCAAAUAACUUCCUCCCACGACUUCCAAGAAAAACCGCAAGUCAAGCAUAGCACAAAUUACUACUUUCUUUACCUACAACUUAUAGGCAGAUCAUAGAUUAAAAUGUAAAUAUGUGUAAAAUUGGUUUUGUAUACUUUUAUAUAAUAUUUAGAAUAAAGGUUUUGAACGUAGGGCUUCUCAAGUGGAUAGCCAUAUAAAUAGUGUAUCAUGGGGAUAUGUUUCAAGAUUUAAAAAUGAUCAGUCAGAAGUUUCUCCUCAAAGUGUCUACCACCUUGCAAGCCUGUCCACUUUGAGAUAACCCUAUAGAGGGCAGCAUACUCAUUUUGUGGAAGUGGAUCUAAUAUUUAUAAACUACUAUUCAAUUUUGUGAAUGUUGUCCUUUGUGUAAUUGUUACUUGAAAAAAAUGAAAUUCGACAAAAAUUGUAUUUAAAAAAAUUGAAGGAAAAAAAAUGUUGAGUAUUUAUGAAGAGAGUAAGAUUUUGAUAACCACAUCUAUACUCAAUAUUACAGUUAUACUGUGAUGGGUAGAAAUGUUCUUAAUUUUAGAUGGCUAAAGAUUUGAACACAUUAAACUUUACCCUGCAUUAAAUGCACUCAAUCUGAUAAAUAAUAUUCUAUAAUAAGCUCAUGUGAUGAACAGUGAAUUAUAAACAAAAUAUUCCAAAUAAAAAAUUAUGUGAAUGUAUUUACAAUAGCCAUGUACAGUUAUGUGUACAUAAUAAAGCUAAAUGCCUCUUCAGUGGA